AUGUCUUGUCUCAAUCGGGAUGGGUUGAAUGACUUUCAAUUUGCUCCAUUGAUUCUAUCAGUUUCUCAGGAUUUUUCUGGCCCGUUAACAAAGACAUAUACCUUGGGAGGGUUUACAAAAUGUCACUGGUCUUUAUCUCGGUCCUCUUUUUUGAUUAUACACCGACUCUUAUUCUCUACAGAUAGACAAAUUAUAUUUUAUAGACAAUGUCAUUGUAUUUUGUGUUUGUCAACUCUUCUGUUUUCUGAACUGUCUGUAAACAAACAGGCUAAGAAGGCGUGCCUCAGCAAGCAAUGGAAUACAGUAGGGGUCAAUUGCACCAGGGGUGGACCAAUGGAUGUUGGAAAGGAAUAA